UUACUCCAUUUUUGUGUUGACAGAAGACGACCACGUGUGCGUUAAAAAAUUUUUAAACUUUCAAAAAGUUAUAAAUAAUUGAUUUAAUUAAAUAAAUUAGUAUCAAAUGUUUAAGAGACUUAAAAUUGGUUUAUAUAAAUAACAAUUUUUAAUAAAUUAUCAAAAGAAUAGUCUGGAUUUUUUAGUGAAGGCUUGACAGGGUUAUGAUUGUUCGAAUGUAAACAAAGAAAUUGAGUGUGAAUGUAGCAGACAUAAAACAAUUCAUGAAUUGUAAAUAAAUAAAUUAAUUGAUUUAAAGAAUGGAAUUGAAAAAAUCGCGUACUGAUUCUCGAAUUAUGUAAAUACGCAUUUUUCGAAUCUUUUUCUACUCACAUUUUAUUCAUUGAUUCAAAAAGUUAAAAAAUUUCUAACAGUCAGUUACAUUUAUACAAAGAAACAGUGAUUUCAUAAAGUGGCUUUUUAUAAUAACUUCGUAUCUCCGCUCCAAUUAGUUACAAGACGUAAUUACAGUAAAAAAUCAGUGCCGUUGUGUAAAAUUGGAUGUUUUUGUAUAAUUAUUGAAACAGUAAUUAAUGAUUGCCAAUGAGGCAAAAGUAUGACACUGAAGUUAGCUGACAUUUCUUUAUUGUUGGACUUUUUUUUUCAAAACGAUAAAUCAUAAAAAAAAGAUUUUUGAAAAUUGCGUCUAUAGUUUUCUUAAUUUUCUACAUGUGCUUAUUUUUGGUUUUUUUUUUUUUGUCAAUGAUUUGUUGAAAAAAAAUUUAGAAAACGUUAAUUGUUCGCUAACUUUAGGAUCAUUAUCUUCAAGGUCAUGUAAAAAUCAGUUAUUGACACCGUAAAAAGUAUGACGUUUAAAAAUUUUUAAUUUUUGAAAUAUUUACAGGACGUUAAGUAAAUAUUUAAAUUAAAUAAACUGUCAAUAAUUGGAUCUAUUAUUUUAUAAUUCGAAAUAUAAUAGAUUGUAAAAUCAAAAUGAAUAUAAGUGAUAAUAUUGAUAAUAUCAAAAUUGAAUUUAAUGAGAAUUCGGCGAUUUUAGACCACGAAUGUCAUGAAACAACAGUUGUUGAUAAGAAAAAUAUGGAAGAAUUGAACGCAACAAUAAUUAAUGCUCCAAUUGUGAAAGAUACAAUGAAAUUUUUCGAAAAUAGUUCAAACUCACAAGUUGAAAAUAAUUAUAAUUAUUGUUCAGUAAUUGAUUUAGAUGAGAGACCUUUAGAUCUAAGCUAUAAAAUUUGGAUGAAUCAAAACAAUUCUUUGUCUUCCGUAAAUUCUGAUCAGGCAAAUUUACUGCUAACUGAUGAUUUUGUUAUUUAUAAUAAAAAUGAAGACCACGACAAAAAUAACGAUUUUUCGAGUUAUCUUAAGAUUUCAAAAGCUGGAUCGUCAAGUAGAAGAAACAAUUUAUGGGCAGAAACUGCAGGUGGAAAUGAUAAUGAAAAACAGAAUAUAAUAUACGAUAUUGACAAAGAAAAUUUCAAUUGUAAUGACCAAACUGAUGGAAGUAAUAAAACUAUUGCCGAGCAAAAUCAGUUAAAAAAAUGUAUUGAUAUGGAUGCAUCAUUGACGUCAGUUAAAAAUACUUCACUUGCAAAGAAACUUUUAGUUUCAAAUGAUGAUUUAAAAGAUAUUCGAAUUUCGUCAAUAGAAACUCGUAUAAGUAAUCAGAAACAAAUUAAUGUUGAAGAUAAUACAAAUUCUUUUGAAAGUUCUCGUUAUGUUCCAAAUAUCUCAAAGUCUUCUCUUCCUUCUGCUCUGCUUGAAAGAAUCGAAGUGCCUGGAAAAGUUAUUGAAACUUCAAAUUCAGUUGCGAAGUCUGAUAAAAUAAAAUUAACAGAAGUAUCAUUUCAAAGUGAAACUAAUAAACCAGUUGAUUCAGAGAAACAUAUGCACAAUCAUGCUGAAAAAACGUACGAGUGUGAUAUUUGUCAGAAAAAAUUUAAGAGAGCUGGUGCCCUAACAUCUCAUUUUAAAAAGCACACAGGUGGGCAUACAGAAAGACAUUCAGGUAAAAUUCAUUCCGCAAAUACCGCAAAGGAUCCAAUCACGUGCGAUAUUUGUAAAAAAACGUUUGGAGCAUUAUCUUGUUUAAAGCAACAUAUGAUUUCUCAUUUUGACGAAAGACCGUAUGAGUGUAAUAUUUGUCAAUAUAAAUUUAAGAGAGCUGGUAACCUGACAUCUCAUUUCGGAACGCACAUAGUUAAACAUACAGCAAGGCAAUCAUGUGAAAUUCCCCCAAGAGAAUUCCCGCGUAUUCAUACUGCAAGAGAUCCAAUCACGUGCCAUAUUUGUAGAAAAACGUUUGAACAUAGGUGUCGUUUAAAAGAACAUAUGAUUACUCAUUCUGAAGAAAGACCGUAUGAGUGUCAUAUUUGUCACAGUAAAUUUAAGAGAGCUGGUGACCUGAAAUCUCAUUUGGGAACGCACAUAGUUAGACACAGCAAGGCAUUCAUAUACAUUUUAUUACUCCAUGUUGGUGUUGACAGAAGACUGACCAUAUCUGUUAAGACAAAUAUGGAAGAUUUAGACGCAACAAUAAUUGAGAGUGCUUUAAAUCGAAACACUAAAACUUGGAUAAGUCAAAACGAUUCUUUGUCUUCCGUAAAUUUUGAUCAGGCAAAUUUGCUGCUAACUGAUAAUUUUUUAAUUUCCAAUGAAAAGGAACACUACGACAAAAAUAACGAUUUGUUGAGUUGCAUUAAGAUUACAAAAGUUGAAUCAUUAAGUAGAAGAAAUAAUUUAUGGACAGAAACUGCAGAUGAAAAUAAUUAUGGAGAACAGGAUAUAAUAUACGAUAUUAAAAAAGAAAAUUUCGAUUAUGAUGACAAAACUGAUAAAAGUAAUAAAACUAUUGACGAGCAAAAUCAGUUUAAAAAAUGUAUGGACAUGGCUGCAUCAUCAACGUUAGUCAAAAAUAUUUCACUUGCAGAUGAACUUUUAGUUUCAAAUGAUGAUUUAAAAAAUAUUCGAAUUUCGUCCAUAGAAACUCGUAUAAGUAAUCAGAAACAGAUUAAAGUUGAAGAUGAUACAAAUUGUUUUGAAAGUUUUCAUCAUAUACCAAAUAUUUCAAAGUCUUUUCUUCCUUUUGUUCUGCUUCAAAGAAUUGAAGUGCCCGGAAAAGUUAUGGAACCUUCAAAUUUAGUUGCGAAGACUAAUGAAAAAAAAUUGACAGAAGUAUCAUUUCAAGGUGAAACUAAUAAACCAGUUGAUUCAGAGAAACCAUUACAAAAUAAUAAACCGUAUCGUAUUGUUGGUGGACAAUCUUGCAAGGAAUGUGGUUACUUAGCCCGCGGUAAAUACCACUUGAAUAUUCAUAUGCGAAAACACAGUGAUGAGAAAUCUAUGCAGUGUCCAGAAUGUCCACUUAAAACUGCUUAUAAAUCUCAUUUGAUACUUCACAUGCGUCGGUUUCAUCUAGAUCAAAUGGUUAGUUGUAAGCUUUGUGAGUCUAAGUUCAUAACAGCUUAUGAUCUGAGAAAACAUAUGCGCAUUCAUACUGGAAACAAGUGCGAUAUUUGUGAAAAAUCGUUUAGACAAUUAUAUCAUUUAAAACAACAUAUGAUUUCUCAUUCUGAAGAGAGACCGUAUGAGUGUAAUAUUUGUCACAAUAAAUUUAAGAGAGUUGAUAACCUGAAAAAUCAUUUAGGAACGCACAUAGUUAAAUACACAGCAAGGCAAUCAAGUGAAAUUCCCCCAAAAGAAUUACCGCGUAUUCAUACUGCAAAAGAUCCAAUCACGUGCGAUAUUUGUAAAAAAACGUUUGGAGCAUUAUUUCUUUUAAGACGACAUAUGAUUUCUCAUUCAGAAGAAAGACCGUAUGAGUGUAAUAUUUGUCACAAUAAAUUUAAGAGAGUUGAUUACCUGAGAACUCAUUUAGGAACGCACAUAGAUAAAUAUACAACAAGGCAAUCAUGUGAAGUUCCCUCAAGAGAAUUUCCGCGUAUUCAUACUGCAAAAGAUCUAAUCACGUGCCAUAUUUGUAAAAAAACGUUUGGACAAAGGUUUCGUUUAAAACGACACAUGAUUUCUCAUUCUGAAGAAAGACCGCAUGAGUGUAAUAUUUGUCAGAAAAAAUUUAAGAGAGCUGGUGACCUGACAUCUCAUUUGGGACGAGCACAUAUUUAAACACAACAAUACAUCAGAUUCACUUGCGUUAAUAGAAUAUGCCGACGAGCAUACGAAUAAUAAAUUAUGUAUUUGUUUUAAAUGUGGGUAUUCAUUUAAAGGCAUUAAGAUUUUAAGACAACGCAAGAAUCAGGAUCAUGUUGAAAACACGCAGGCAUUAAAAAGAAAAGGACCAAAAAUAAAUUCAAAUUUAUUUACUUUAUUUAAAUGAUAAUACAAAAAUGUGUAUAUUUGUGAUAAUAAUUAAUGAAGUACAUCAACAAUCGUUGAAAUACAAUUUGAAACGUCAGCCAGAGAACUAACGAGUAGAUAAAAACUUUUGAUACUGAAGUGAGCCGACGUCUAAUAAUUACUUUUUUUCUUUCUUCAAGACGAUAAAUUACACAAAGAAAAAAGCAUUUAAAAUAAUUGCACCAAUAGUUUUUUUAAUUUCCCACAUGUGUACAUAUUUUUUUUAUUUAUUUAUCUUUUUUGAAAUUUGUUUUUUUAAAAUAAAAUCCAAAACUUUUAAAUUUAUAUACUAACUUUAUUAUACUGAAAGUAACAGACAUUAAAAAAUUUGUUUUCACUUAAGUAAAAAAAAUUAGUUACUGAUAAGAAGAAAUUAUUAAAAAUGCACCCGAAGUGUUUUUGGCAAUUUUUAUUUACAUUUGUAAUAAUUCAGUCUAAUGACAAGUGACUGAUAAAUGAAAACAUUGAAUAUUCAAAUGUCUGCUACUAUCAGCAUCAUAAUGAUUUGAAUACAGAAAUAACGUAAAUAAUAUCGCAUGGCAUUUAUUUAUAAUUUAAAGCUGUUGUAGAAACUGAUGUACAUCAAUACGGUGAUGCAAAAAUAUGAAGAUUCAGUCACAACUUAAAGAUGCUAAUAAUUCCGAAAUUAUUGACAGUCAAUAUUUGAUAAAUAAACUGUUAUAUAGUAAUACAUAUUCAUUGAUAACAGUCUCAUUGAACAAAACGAAUUUAUAUCUUCCACCAAUGGUUCAAUUUCACAAGCUAAAGAUGAAAAUUUAUAGUUGUAUGCUAAUCGGCAUGGAAAUAAGGUUGUACAUACGCUUAGUCGUAUAAAGAUUGUGAGGAUUGAAUCAUUCAAUGCACAACAAAAUUUGGCAGCAGAUAUUAUACAGUCAUAGUUAUAACGUUGCAUAGGAAGUAAUUUGUCGAGAACUAUUACCAGAUCGAUAUAGUUUAAAGAAUCACAUUGAAACCCAUGAAAGUAGAAGGUUUAUCUAAUGUAAUACUUGUUGUUAUACAAUGAAAUUCUCAGGAAGUAUAUGGGCACACAUAGGCAAACACAUAAGCAAUAUAAUCAUUUGUAAUGUUCGCGGUAGAUCAUUUGCAAUUAGAAAUGAAUUUAAACGACAUUGGCAUCAUUGUAAUUUUUUAAUAAAUUAAGGGUAUAUAAGUGUACUUAUGGCCAUAUUCGUAUUACUUAUGUACGAUAUGAUCAUUUUAUUUACCACAUUGUCAAUAUUCAUGGAGUACAAUAUCUAGAGCAAGAUAAACUUAAGCUGCUUAAAAUUUAACGAAAAAUUAUCAUUGAUGUGACCGGUUGAUUUAAAUUUAUAAAUAAUAUCUGUUUUGAUUUUUUUUUUACUUCAAAGUCACAAUGUAAAGAAAACUAUGAAAAUAUUUUUAAGUUGAUAAUUGAGCAAAAAAAACAAUGAAAAGUAGGAAAAAGUAGACAAUCAUCGGAGUUUAUUGCUUUGUCAUUUACAAGUAAAUAUUUCACAUUUAAUUUUUACACCAACAACUUGUAUUUUUGGUCAUUACUUAUCUAUUAUUAUUUCGAAGAUCUGUACAUUUUAUGGAUCAAAAUAUAAUAAUAAUUAAACUACCAGUUUUUUUGGUAGCGGAUGAAGUCUCCGAUAUUAUUUAUAUUUUCUGAAAAUUAAGAUACAGUAUUGAUGAGUAAUCUCAGUUUCUGUUGAUUUUAAUGGACAAGGAGAAAAGAAUUUCUUGGAGCAAAAAAUUUUUUACUUGCCUUAAAGAGAUUUUCACUUGUCUCAAUACAUUUUUUGCAUUAUAAAUUGAAAACUGAAAAUUUUUUAGGCGAGAAAAAAAUUUUUGUGCUAAGAAAUUUAUUCUAAUCCUAAGAAAAUUUUUGUUUUCAAUUUAUAAUGCAAAAUAUUUCAUAAAUUUAAAAAUGGCGCGGUGAGAAGUUUUAUUACUCCAUGUUGGUGUUGACAGAAGACAGACCAUAUGUACGUUAAAAAAUUUUUAAACUUUCAAAAAAGUUAUAAAAAAUUGAUUUAAUCAAAUAAAUUAUUAUCAAAUGUUUAAGAGACUUAAAAUUGGUUUAAAUAAAUAAGAAUUUUUAAUAAAUUAUCGAAAGAACAGUCUGGAUUUUUUUUUAGUGAAGACUUGACAGGGUUAUGAUUGUUCAAAUGUAAACAAAGAAAUUGAGUGUGAAGUAGCAGACAAAACAAUUUAUGAAUUGUAAAUAAACAAAUUAAUUGAUUUAAAGAAUGGAAUUGAAAAAAUCGCGUACUGAUUCUCCAAUUAUGUAAAUACGCAUUUUUCGAAUCUUUUUCUACUCACAUUUUAUUCAUUGAUUCAAAAAGUUAAAAAAUUUCUAACAGUCAGUUACAUUCAUACAAAGAAACAGUGAUUUCAUAAAGUGGCUUUUUAUAAUAACUUCGUAUCUCCGCUCCAAUUAGUUACAAGACGUAAUUACCGUAAAAAAUCAGUGCCGUUGUGUAAAUUUACAUGUUUUUGUAUAAUUAUUGAAACAGUAAUUAAUGAUUGCCAUUGAGGGAAAAGUAUGACACUGAAGUUAGCUGACAUUUCUUGAUUGUUGGACUUUUUUUUUCGAAACGAUAAAUCAUAAAAAAAAUAUUUUUGAAAAUUGCAUCUAUAGUUUUCUUAAUUUUCUACAUGUGCUUAUUUUUGAUUUUUUUUUCUUGUCAAUGAUUUGUUGAAAAAAAAUUUAGAAAACGUUAAUUGUUCGCUAACUUCAGGAUCAUUAUCUUCAAGGUCAUGUAAUAGUCACAGUUAUUGACACCGUAAAAAGUAUGACGUUUAAAAAUUUUUAAUUUUUGAAAUAUUUAGAGGACGUUAAGUAAAUAUUUAAAUUAAAUAAACUGUCAAUAAUUGGAUCUAUUACUGUAUAAUUUGAAAUAUAAUAGAUUGUCAUAUCAAAAUGAAUAUAAUUGAUAAUGUUGACAAUAUCAAAAUUGAAUUUAAUGAGAAUUCAACGAUUUUAGACCACGAAUAUCAUGAAACAACAGCUGUUAAGACAAAUAUGGAAGAUUUAGACGCAACAAUAAUUGAGAGUGCUUUAAAUCGAAACACUAAAACUUGGAUAAGUCAAAACGAUUCUUUGUCUUCCGUAAAUUUUGAUCAGGCAAAUUUGCUGCUAACUGAUAAU